CUCCUUCCGUCCGGCUUUGCUCUUUCACUUUGCCGUCUCGCCCAGAGGAGGCGGACAGUGGCGGCUGGAGCAUCCACGGUGAAGGAUAAGCUCUCCUUCCCCCCUACCGGAACACGUACACAUACACACACACAGCGCCAGCCGCCAUGAUUCGCCUCCUGCUCCUCGCCUGCACUGUCGGCGCGGCGCUGGCCAGCGACGUGCUCGAACUGACGGACGACGAUUUCGAGGAUCGCGUCGGGGAACACGAGCUGAUCCUGGUGGAGUUCUUCGCUCCUUGGUGCGGCCACUGCAAGCGGUUGGCCCCAGAGUAUGAAGCUGCUGCCACAAGAUUGAAGGGAAAAGUUCCUCUGGCGAAGGUUGACUGCACUGCAAAUACAAACACAUGCACCAAGUAUGGAGUCAGUGGUUACCCAACUUUGAAGAUAUUCCGUGAUGGUGAAGAGUCUGGUUCUUAUGAUGGUCCUAGAACAGCAGAUGGAAUUGUCAGCCAGUUGAAGAAACAGGCAGGACCAAGCUCCAUUGAAAUGAAAACUGCUGAAGAUUUGGAGAGCUUCAUUAAUGAUGCCGAUGCUUCAGUUGUUGGUUUCUUCGCAGACUCUGAUGGCACACUCCAGGCAGAUUUCCUUAAAGCAGCGAGUGCAAUGAGGGAGAACUACCGUUUUGCACACACCAAUACGGAAGAACUACUUGAGAAAUAUGACAUUAAGAGCAAGGGCAUUAUCUUGUUCCGACCUCCAAGACUGGCAAACAAGUUUGAGAGCGGCAGUGUACAGUACACAGAAGAUAAAUUCACAAAUGCGAAAAUAAAGAAGUUUGUUCUAGACAACAUCUUUGGUAUCUGCCCCCAUAUGACUGAAGAUAAUAAAGACCAGUUAAAAGGGAAGGAUCUGCUGGUAGCUUACUAUGAUGUGGAUUAUGAAAAGAAUCCAAAGGGUUCGAACUACUGGAGAAAUAGAGUGAUGAAGGUUGCUCAGAAAUUUCUGGAUGCUGGUGAGAAGCUGCAUUUUGCUGUUGCAAACCAUAAAACCUUCAGCCACGAGCUCUCAGAAUUUGGCUUGGACACUUCCACUGGUGACAUUCCUGUGGUCGCUAUCAAAACUGCCAAAGAUGAAAAAUAUGUGAUGCAGGAGGAGUUCUCGCGUGAUGGCAAAGCACUGGAACGUUUUCUAGAGGACUACUUUGCUGGCAAGCUGAAACGUUACCUUAAGUCUGAGCCAAUUCCAGAGAGCAAUGAUGGUCCUGUGAAGGUUGUAGUAGCUGAGAACUUCGAUGACAUUGUAAAUGAUGAAACAAAGGAUGUCUUGAUUGAAUUUUAUGCUCCAUGGUGUGGGCACUGUAAAAGUCUGGAGCCAAAGUAUAAGGAGCUUGGAGAGAAGUUGAGCAGUGAUUCUAACAUUGUCAUUGCCAAGAUGGAUGCUACAGCCAAUGAUGUGCCUUCACCUUAUGAAGUUCAAGGGUUUCCCACACUUUAUUUUGCCCCAAUGGGAAAGAAACAGAGUCCAAAGAGAUAUGAGGGAGGUCGUGAAGUUAAUGACUUCAUGAAUUACUUGAAGAAGGAAUCUACACACCCUCUGGCCGUACCAGUGGAAGAGAAGAAAUCUAAGAAGAAGAAGAAGGACAAGGAAGAACUGUGAAUUACUAGAAGCAUCUCGAAUGCUAACGUGAUAUGCAAGGAGUAAUUGGAGCCAGGGUUGGGUUGAGAUUUGGUGGUGGUAUAGUCACUUUCUAGGAGGAUUCACGGUCUGCAAUACCGAUCCCAUUUCUGUAUCAAUUUUAAGAUGCACUAUCCGAGUUAUUGAAUCAAAAGGGGCAGAAAUUCAGGUUUUGUUUUGGUCUUAUUUUGUACUGGUGAAUGUUUUUGUACAUUUUGGAACAAUAAACCCCUUUAAACCAAA